GUCCCGCCAUCCACAGUAAUCAGGUUCAUCAAGACCCUCAUCUACCAAGAAACAGACUACCCUGUGACUCAGCAGCAGCUGUUUCACAAUGGUAAACUGGUUCAUGAUGGGGUUGAGAUUGGAACCUUGGUGCCACACGGAAGCCACGAAAUAAUCAUGACACUGCACGGACAAGGCCCGAGAGGAGGAGGGAGGUUUGGUCAGACUACGCCACCUUUGGUGGAUUUUUUGAAAGAUAUUUUGAGAAGAUAUCCAGAAGGUGGACAAAUUCUAAAAGAGCUGAUUCAGAAUGCAGAAGAUGCUGGAGCCACAGAGGUCAAGUUCCUGUAUGACGAGACAGAGUAUGGAGUGGAAUCAUUGUGGUCACAUGAUAUGGCUCAAUAUCAGGGAACGGCGUUGUAUGUCUAUAAUGAUGCAGUUUUCACCACAGAGGACUGGAAUGGUAUUCAGGAGAUUGCACGUAGUAGAAAAAGAGAAGACCCUUUGAAAGUGGGAAGAUUUGGUAUUGGAUUUAACUCUGUCUACCACAUAACAGAUGUUCCUAGUAUUUUCAGUGGGGAUCAAAUUGCGAUGCUGGACCCUCAUCAAAUGUUGUUUGGAGUCCAUGAGUCUGGACAGUGCUGGAAUUUGAAGUCUGAUAUAAAGGAGAUAACUGAGCUUAAUGAUCAGUUUGCCCCUUAUUUUGGCCUGUUUGGUAGCUCAAAUAAAACCAUUCAAGAUGGCAACUUUCCAGGAACGCUCUUUCGUUUUCCACUCCGCAUGAAACCCUCCCAAUUAAGCAACAACAUUUUCAAUAAAGAGAAGGUUCUGGAGCUUUUUGAAUCCUUCAAAGUGGAUGCAGAGACCGUGUUGCUGUUCCUGAGGAGCGUCCAGAAGGUCUCUCUGCAUGUACGUGAGUCAGAUGGCACAGAGCGAAUGUUUUUUGAGGUCACAGCAAGCAAUAGUCAAGAGGAUAAGAUGGAGUGGCACAAUUCUCUAAAGACCCUAGGGCAGGCUAUAGAUAGCUACAGUAAUCGCGUACUAAGCAGUUCAGUCACCUGUGCCACUUACCAACUUUCCAUUGAAGUGCAGGACGAAACUGCUAAAGAGACCCAGAAGACCACCUGGUUGGUGUGUAAUGGUGUGGGAGGGCGGGGCAUGUGUGGUGAGCUCGAUUCUCUUGCUGAUGAUCUGAAGUUCAUUCCAACCAUUGGUAUUGCUUUGCCCCUCACUCUUAUUGAUGAGGACAAGGGGGCCACCUCCAGCUUCUCAGGACGUGCUUUCUGUUUCCUCCCUCUGCCCCUUGGUGAAGAGAGCUUGACUGGGUUACCGGUCCACGUCAGUGGCUUCUUUGGCCUGACGGACAACCGUAGGAGCAUCAAAUGGAGGGAGGUGGACCAGUGGAGGGACCCAGCAGCUCUUUGGAAUGAGCUUCUUAUAGUCACGGUUAUCCCAAGGGCUUACUUCACCCUCAUCAUGGAGACCAUCAAGCGAAUCCAAACCAAGAAGGACCAAGAAUUUCCCCUUUCACCCAGAGGUAUCUACGGAGCCUGGCCUGAUCCAAACAGAAUUCGACCACGGUGGAAACCUAUUUUAGAACCUCUCUUCAAUGACUUGCUUCAACAGUCGGUCAUCUACUCACUCAGUGGCAGCUGGGUCCAAGUGGAGGAGUCAGUGUUCUCAGAGUUGGACUCUAGAGUGGACACUACAGAGACAGUCAUCAAAUACCUCCAGAGCUCAGAGAUGAUGCUGGCACAGGUGCCAGCCUAUAUCGAUGCAGUACUGACAAUGUUUUUCACCAAGCCAGGAAGCCUGAGAAAAGUGACCCCUGCUUUUGUGCGGCAGAUUCUGAGGAAAUGUCGCCAUAAAGGGGCAUCCAAUGAAAAGCUACUCCUGCUGGAAUUUAUCCUUAGCGAUGCCUGCUACAAUGAUCUCAUCGGACUGGAGCUUCUUCCUUUGCAGGAUGAUACAUUCGCUGUGUUCUCCUCUUCUGUGAAUGACAAAGAUGCUGUUUACAUCGCCUCGCAGGAGUAUCCAAGGUCCCUUUAUCCAGGACUGGAGGGAAGAUUUGUCCUGGAAAGCAUCGCCCCACAUGUCAUGACGAGUUUGAAAGAAGCAGCCAGAAGCAGAGGGAGGCCUUGCACUCAGGUUCAAGUGCUAACCCCAGAGAGAUCAGCACGUCUAAUUAAAGAAGUCCUUACUACCGCCUGGCCCACUAGAGACUUUGCUGUACAGUGGAAUCCUGGUGAUCAAGAGAAGAAACACCCCUCAGUAUCUUGGCUUAGAUUGGUUUGGAAGCAUCUCUACAUAAACUUUGCAGAUGACCUUAGUGUAUUUGAAGAUAUGCCUUUGAUUCCAAAUGUGCCAUUGACUGACACCUUGGAUUCUCUAGAAUUGCUACAUCUCAAAACUCCUUCUCCCAUCAUUCUUGUGAACGAGGAAGAGGGCCCUCCCUCUGAAGAACUACUUGAAGUUGUGAAGAAGCUUGGUUGUGUUAUCUUAAAGCAACUUGAUCCGUGUUUGCAACAUCCCCUCCUGAAAAAUUAUAUUCAUCAAUCAUCCCCAAGCAACCUACUGCAAAUUAUGGACAGGUGUUCAUCUCAGAGAUUAGCAAACCAGGUUUCAUCUCUCUCUAUCAAACAGAAGAUUGCCCUCAGAGGCUUUUUAGCUAGUCUUAAUGAUGUCACAGAAAAGGAGAAACGCAUCAUCCAGGAGCUUCCCAUCUUUGACAAAGCUGGGGAAAAAUCAAAGAUGGACCCUUCUCCAUUUACCACUUUGAAAGGAGCCAGAGUAUUACAUCAUACUGCCAAGCAUCCACUAGAUGUGAAAUUGUCCAUAAAUGUAAUUGAAAACAGUGAUGAGGCAACUAUCCGUAUUAUAAAGCUGAUGAACAUUGAGCAGGUGAAAAGCACUGAAUGUCUAAAGGUGAUCAUUCAAGACAUUGAGAGAGGAUUCUACAACAAAGAGGAAGUCAAAAAAAUCAUGUUCUGGGCCCUUAACCAUUUGUCUUUUCUAAAGAACGAAAACAAGGCAGUAAUUAGUUGGCUUUCUCCUUUGAAGUUUAUUCAUACAUCUUCAGAACAACUCCAUUCACCAACAGAAUUUUUUGAUCCUGAGUUGGAGAUUUUGCAGAACCUCUUCUUUAUGGAAGAGAAGACAAGGUUUCCCCCAAAUGACUAUACUUCAUCUUCGGAUGUCCUUCAUUCUCUGAGACAACUGGGGCUGAAAAAUGAAGUGCAGCUCAGUGAAAAGGAUGUACAGCAGGUUGCCAGAAAAAUUGAGGAGUUGCAAGGGAGUAGCAAUCCAGAAUGGGAUUCCAUUGUAAUGAAGGCGAAAACACUCCUAACUAUAUUGAACAAACAGACAAAGUUGGUGAAGUCCUCAGAGGUUCAAGCAACCCUGCUAAACUUUAAAUGGGUACCUGUUUGCAAAGAUAGACCUCUGAAUUACCCCAAAUCUCUUGUUUGGAGAGGUGAUUCCUGCAAUAUUUCUUCUCUUUCUGAAAUGUGUGAUAUAUCUCAUGCUGUUCUUGUUGGUUCUUCUGUUGCCUUGGUGGAGCGUACAUCUGCUGGCAUGAAAAAAGCCUUGAAGUUAUCCUUAGAGCCUCAGGUUGAUCAAGUGCUCCAGCAUUUGAAAGCAGUAAAUGACUGGCAUAGAUCCCAAGCAUUUACCACCGAGGACUGGUAUCAGUUUCAGCAGAUCUUGUUCGAGAUUUAUGAAUUCAUGCAAGCUCAUUUGGAGGAUGCAAGAGAGGCAAUGAAGUCUCUGCCCUUCGAGUGGGUUUGGACGGGGAAAACAUUUGCUUUCCCUGGGCGCACAGUUUUGAAGCCCAUACCAGACUUGGAUCUUCAGCCUUACUUGUACUCGUUACCAAAGACCAUCGCAAAAUUCCACAAGCUUUUUAAGUUCUGUGGCUCUAUUGAAGAAGUUGUUCCCAGCCAUGUGUUUGAAGUCAUCAAAACGAUCAGGCAAAGGUGUGAGAAGGAGAUGACAAAAGAAGAGAGCAAACACAAUGUCCUACUUUUGAUAAACAUUUUACGGUGGCUAUACUGCAGUCAAAUAUCAGUAGAUGCUGAUAUGCAUGUACCCAUUCUUUGCCAUAAAGAUCCAAGCAAACUGGUCAUGAAGCCAAUUCAUGAAUGUACCUACUGUGAUAUCAAAGUAGAGGAUUUGAAUGACUUACUAGAUGAUGUCUCAGAGCCCAUCAUCCUUGUACAUGAUGAUAUUCCAAUGAAGACUGCUGAAUGGUUGAGAGUCCCAUGUUUGAGCACGAGAUUGAUAAACCCAGAGAACCUCGGGUUUGAGCAGUCAGGCCAAAGAGAACCUCUAACUGUAAGAAUAAAAAACAUUCUAGAGGAGUAUCCAUCAGUUGCGGAUAUCUUCAAAGAGCUUUUGCAAAAUUCUGAUGAUGCAAAUGCCACUGAAUGUAGUUUCCUGAUUGAUAUGCGGAAGAAUCUUGAAAUUCGAGAGAAUCUGCUUGACCCUGGCAUGAUUGUUUGCCAUGGCCCUGCUUUGUGGUCCUUCAACAAUUCUGUUUUCUCUGAUACAGACUUCCUCAAUAUAACCAGGCUAGGUGGGUCUAUGAAAAGGUGCGAAGCUGACAAAGUGGGCAAAUUUGGGCUGGGCUUCAACUCUGUUUAUCAUGUGACUGAUAUACCUAUUAUCAUGAGUAGAGAGUUCAUGAUCAUGUUUGAUCCCAACAUCAAUCACAUCGGCAAACACAUCAGAGACAAGUCAAAUCCAGGCAUCAAAAUCAACUGGAGCAAACAGCAGAAGCGUCUAAGGAAGUUUCCUAAUCAGUUCAGACCUUUCAUCAAUGUGUUUAACUGUCAGCUUCCUCUGUCACUAGAGUCCCCUUACAAGUAUGAUGGGACCCUCUUCAGACUUCCUUUCAGAACUGAGCAGGAAGCAUCUGUGAGUGAAAUCAGCAGUAUUUACUACAAUACCACUGACAUCUACUCUCUUGUAGAUGAAUUCAGCAUCUGUGGCCAUCGGCUCAUUUUGUUCACACAGCAUGUUGGAACAAUGGUCUUGAAGUAUUUGAAAUGUGAGGAGCCAAAUCCUGCUGCUGCACAGGAUGUGGUCACAAUAAACAAGAGUGUGUGGUCUUCCAAAGCAGCGUAUGGACCCCUAAGUAUUCUGAAAUCUGCUGCCAAAGUCAUGAAAAAAGUUGCAGCCACCAACAGAGUGCCAGCCGAGUUUCCAAAGUCAGGCUGCAUCAUCAGAAUUGUUGUGGAGGAGUUCCACAAUGUCUUCAGGCGCAUUGUUGAUCUUCAGUCCCCACUGUUCAGAGGUUCUGAGGAGGACCCAUCCUCAUACUUUGAGAUGGCAGCUAAAGGCACACAAACUAAGAGACUCACUGACGAGAUGCCACAAAAGGGAGUGGAAAAUACAAACUGGCUUAUCUGCUCAUGCAUGGAUGUGACAGAAGCUCUGAAGUUCUCUUUGAGUGAUAGUGGGAAACGUCUUGGUCUGGUACCAUGUGGAGGCGUAGCUGUGCUGCUCUCUGAAGAAGAAAAUAGAAAAUGGACUGUAAAAACAAAUGCAACACCAGUUGGAGAAGUGUUCUGCUACUUACCUCUUAGGAUCAAAACUGGUUUGCCUGUGCACAUAAAUGGCUGCUUUGCAGUCACUUCAAAUCGCAAAGAGAUCUGGAAGACAGACACAAAAGGUCAAUGGAACUCCAUUUUUAUGAGACAUGUGAUUGUGCAAGCAUACUUGGCUGCACUUAACAUGCUGAGAUUUAUGGCAGAAAGUGGCGAAUUAUUAGACUACAGCUAUUAUGCAUCUUGGCCGGACCCUGGAGUUGUCCACGAUGAUUUCAAUUUGAUUUGCCAAGGAGUUUAUCAAGAAAUAGCCAAAGGUGAUGAUGAUAUUGCAAAAGUGUUUUCCGAUGGGAAAACCUGGGUUUCAAUCAAUGAUGUUCGGUUUUUGGAUGACGCUUUGCUUUGCAGACCAGACAUUGGAUCUGCUGCCUUCCAGAUAUUCUUGAAAUACCUCAAAAAGUGUGGUUCCCAGGAUCUCUGUGCUGUUGAGCUGCCAGACUGGGUCAAGGAAGGCUUUGAUGAUGCUGGCUGUAAAGGGAAAUUGAUCGAGAAUACACUUACUGAGACACAGUUUUUCUCAGAUGUGUUUUUCCCCCAUAUCCAAGACAUUGAUAAGGAACUUCGUGACCCUCUAAUGUAUUAUGUCCUCAAUGAAAAACUAGAGGAUUUUGCAUGCAUACUGAGGGAAACUCCAUGCAUUCCAUGUUCAGGACCAUUAGAGAAGCUUGUUUUACCAUCUCGACUUAUACAUCCAGAGGGCAGAGUUGCUAAACUGUACAACAGUGAAGAUGGACGAUUCCCUGAAGGAAGUUUGAGAGACUAUGCAAAUCCAGUAUGCUUGGUGAAGUUAGUGCAACUGGGUAUGGUAAAGGAUGAUGUAUCUUGGGAAGACUUGCUUGAACGUGCUGAGUCUGUAUUGGCUCUAAAUGAAAACGAUCACACAGUUGCAUGCCACAGGAGUAGUAUAAUCCUCAGUCUCAUUGAUGAAAAGCUCAAAAUUAGAGAUCCAGCAGCAAAUCAAUAUAUUGCCAAAUUAGAAGAUAUCAAGUUUCUUCCAUUUUUGACCAAGCCUGCUGGAUUUUCACUUCCAUGGCACGGAAACAACUUCCCCCAAAAUGCCAUGUUCACUGCAAAAGAGCUUUUUACAACAGACCAUCAGGACACUGUAUGUUUAAUGAAGCCCAUCCUGAAUGAGAACUCCCCCUCCUUUAAAGGAUGUGGUCCUAUUUCACUGGCUGUGAAAGACUUUCUUGGAUUGAUUAAAAAGCCAUCUGUUGCACUGGUCAUUAGUCAGCUGAAGGAGCUCUCAAAAUCCUUUGAUGGCAUUACACUGUAUCAGGAGAACAUAACCAAUGCUUGCUACAAAUAUCUCCAUGAAGAGUUGCUGCAGUCCAAUUCUGUGAAAGAGGAAAUUAUGGAGGAGCUAAAAACAUUUUGCUCAAUUCUAGUAGAGAACACAUAUGUUGAACCAUCAAAAGUGGCAUUUCAUUUAAACUUUGAUGCUGCUCCAUAUCUCUACCAACUUCCCAAUAAAUACAGAAAUAGUUGUCGGGAACUCUUUGAAAAUGUGGGAGUUCAGCCUAGCUUCACUGUUGAAACAUUCUCAGCAGUUUUACAGCUGAUAAAGAAUGAAUGUGGGAGAAAGCCUCUUACUGAGGAGAACUUUCAACUGUCUCGUAGAAUAAUUAGUGAGGGAAUAUGGAGCUUGAUCCGAGACAAAAAUCAGGAAUUCUGCCAAAGCAAUUAUGAUGAGAUACUUCUUCCUGACAGCAGUUUCACACUACAACCAUCAAAAUCACUAUGCUAUAAUGACUGUCCUUGGAUUAAAGUCAGAGACACAACCGUUAAAUAUUGCCAUAGUGAUAUUCCAAGAGAGGUGGCAGUAAAAUUAGGGACAGUUCCAAAACGACACAAAGCCUUGGAAAGAUACGCAUCCAACAUUUGCUUCACUACCCUGGGAAGUGAGUUUGGGCAGAAGGAGAAGCUCACCAGCAGAAUCAAAAGUAUCCUCAAUGCUUAUCCAUCAGAAAAGGAGAUGCUGAAAGAGCUCCUGCAGAAUGCAGAUGAUGCAAAAGCCACAGAAAUAUAUUUUGUGUUUGAUCCCAGGUACCAUCAAACUGACAGAAUAUUUGAUGACAAAUGGGUGCCCAUGCAAGGCCCAUCACUCUGUGUAUACAACAAUCAACCAUUUACAGAGGAUGAUAUUAGAGGCAUCCAGAAUCUCGGAAGGGGCACCAAGGAGGCAAACCCUGGAAAAACUGGGCAAUAUGGCAUUGGAUUUAACUCGGUGUAUCACAUAACUGACUGUCCGUCUUUUAUCUCUAAUAAUGACAUUCUCUGCAUCUUUGAUCCACAUGCCCGUUAUGCACCUGGAGCAACAUCUGUCAGUCCAGGAAGAAUGUUCAGAGAUUUGGAUUCGGACUUCAGAUCCCAAUUUUCUGAUGUACUAAACUUAUACCUAGGGAAUCACUUCAAGCUGGAACGCAGCACAAUGUUCAGGUUUCCCAUAAGAACUAUGGAAAUGGCAAAAAUCUCAGAGAUCAACUCAGCACCUGCAUCAGACAGAAUGGUUCAAAACUUCCUUGAUAAAAUACGAACAGAUGGUGCAGAACUUCUCAUGUUUUUGAAUCACAUGGAGAAAAUUUCAAUAUGUGAAAUCGAGAAUGGAACUGGGGAUUUAAAAACUCUUUACUCUGUUACAGCAAAUAUAACAGAUGGGGAUCGCCUAAAACGCAAGCAAUUUCAUGCCACAGUUCUGGACAGUGUUUACAAGAAAAAACAGCUGCCCCAAAUUCCUGUCCAGCAGAUUACAUAUACAAUGGCCAUAGAGGACACAGAUGGUAAUUCUACAACCUGGAUGAUUUGCAACAGAUCUGGAUUCUCUGACAUGGAGAAAGUAUCUAAGAGUGUCAUUUCAGCUCACAAAAAUGAGGACAUUACUCUCUUUCCACGUGGUGGUGUUGCAGCAUGUACCAGCCACAACUACAAAAAACCUCACAGGGCCUUCUGUUUUCUUCCUCUAUCUCUGGAGACUGGCCUGUGUUUCCAUGUGAAUGGCCAUUUUGCUUUAGACUCUGCCAGAAGAAAUCUGUGGAGGGACGACAAUGGAGUUGGUGUGAGGAGUGACUGGAACAAUAACCUAAUGAAAGCACUAAUUGCUCCUGCAUGUGUAGAACUGCUAAUUCAACUGAAACGUCAACUAUUCCCAGGCCCUGACCCCACCAUGACGAUAUUUCAAGGAACUCCUAUCCAUGUUGUCAGGGAUAUUUUGAGAAAAUUCUUGUCUUUCUUUCCUGUUAAUAGAGUUGACAUUCAACCAGACUGGUAUUGUUUGGUAAAGGCAAUCUACCAUUGCAUUAAUAUGGACCUGAAAAGACUACUCCCUGUUCUUCGAGCACCCCACAUUGAUAACACGGAUAUGCACGCUGCAAUAUACAUCUCCUGGGUGAACACAUCCACCUCAACCAAAGGUAGGGCAUUCUUUGACAACUUAUUGCAGGAUGAGCUGCAGCAUCUUAAAAACACAGAGUACAACAUAACCACACGGAAAUCGGUGGCAGAAAAUGUCUUCAGGAUGAAGGCUAUGCUCCUGGAUGUUGGCUUCAACUUAAUCUACAGCUGUGAUGAGACAGCCAGUCUGUACUUCUGCCUGGAAGAUGCUGGGAUUCCAGUCAACUAUGUGACACCCGACGAUGUUCGUGGUUUCCUUCUGACAUUCUCAUCCCCAGACACAUCUUGCCAAGUUGGAAAACUACCAUGUCGGCUGCAGCAGUCCAAUUUCAAGCUCUUCCAUUGUCUGAAACUGCUUGUAGACUACUGCUUUAAAGAUGUGGAGGAAAAUGACAUAAACAUAGAGGGAUUGCCAUUGCUGAUGACCAUGGACAACAUUCUGCAAGUUUUUGACUCCAGAUAUCCAAAGUUUCUGACCAAUCAUCAUGAGCUUAUCUCAUCAAGAAAAGAGCUUUUCAUGCACACACUAUACAUAAGGUACAGCAGCAUCCUUCUAAAAGCAAAUGUGGCUAAAAUCUUUGACAUAAGCAGUUUUGGAGGUUUGCUGGGAUCUGUACUUCCCAGAGAGUGCAGAACAAGGACCUCAGUGAAAUGGAAGGAGAACUUUCCUACUGAAUCUUGGCUUAAGAGUGCAUGGCACUUCAUUAUUGAGCAACUUGCAACCAAAGAUGACCAAGCAGAGAUCAGGCCAAAAUUCGAGACAGUUCUGGACAUCUUGAAAGAUUGGGCACUACUUCCAGGUAUCAAAUUCAUGGUGUCAGGAAACAAAAUAGUUGUGCCAGAGCAUGAUGUAUUGUUACCCCUAAGCCUAAUCUAUGCAGCCAUCUUCCCGAAUGGACAAAAUGACAAAGUAUUUCAUACUCUGAUUAAGGGAGGAUGCUUUCAAUUGGCUGUAAACAAAAUAUGUGUCAAAGAGAGUCCUUUCUUGUCUCUAUUGGCUCAGCACACAGCAAAUAUUGACAAUCCCUCAAGCAUACUAAGAGCACUUGAGUACAUGAUCCAGAUUUCAGCUUUCAAAACAGGAAGCUUGACAGACAAAGACUUUGAAGCACUAUUGCUGUAUUUUAACUGCAACUUGACAAACCUGACCCAGCAUGAUGUGCAAUGUCUGAAGCUGUUGCCAUGUUACAAAGCAGUCAGUGGCCGAUACAUCUCCAUUGCAAACUCUGGUGCAUGCUAUGUUCUAACAAAAAGUAUUCCCUCUACCGACAUUGAAAAGUGGGCACAUAAUACACAAUCCUCGGCCUUUCUUGCUGACAAUCCACAGCUUAAAGAGCUCUACAGCUUUCUUGGGUGCACCCCAAUUGAUGAUCUUGAGGUGUACCUGAAUCAUAUCUUUCCAAAAUGUGACAUUAUAUCACAUGAUGCCAAAACCCAACAUGUUAUCUAUCUGAAGGAGCGAUUACUGGCAAUGGAGGAGCCAAGCAGUAUCAAGGAUCAGCUCUAUGAGAAACUGGAAGGUCUGUCCUUCAUUUAUGACUCCACCAAUAGGCUUAAACCUGCAAAAGCCUUCUUUGAUCAAACAGUGAAAGUGUUUGAGGUAAUGCUUCCACAAAAGGCCUUCAUACCUAAUGAUUUCUUCCGAAAAAUUGAGCAGGUAUCGAAGCCAAAAACUGGGACAUCCUAUUUAACCUCAUGGAUAACAUUCCUACGCAACAUUGGUCUGAAAUAUGUUGUGUCUCAACAGCAAGUUUUACAGUUUGCAAAAGAGAUCAGCAUCAAAGCUCAUACAGAGAACUGGUCCAAGGAAAAAGUUCAGACCAUUGUUGAUGUUCUCCUAAAUCACAUUUUCAGUGAAAGAACAGAUCUGUUUGAUGGAGCUUUCCUCAAAGAACUCUCUAUGAUCCCAUUCCUGUGUCCUGAGCAUGCACCAGCAGAACUUGUUCGCCUCCAUGCUCAGUACCAAGAAAUGAAUGGCACUCUCCCUCUAAUUCGCUUCAGUGGGUCUCAAGUAAAUCCAAAAUUCAAACAGACUGAUAUCAUGCAGUUGUUGUGGACAUCUUGUCCUAUUCUACCAGAGAGGGCCACUCCAGCAAGCAUAAAGGACCAAGAAGGAAAUACGCUUACCAGCCAAGAGCAGCUUGAUCUCAUUUUGAGCAUGUUAAAUGUCACUGUGGACCCACCAUUGGAAAAGGUAAUCAGCAAUUGCAAAAACAUAUGCAGCAUCACUAACUUGGAUGACGACACAGUAAAAACACGAAACAAGGUUUUAAGGAGCAUUUAUGAAUUCCUUAAUGCGGAUUAUCAUGAAUUUCGCUUUCAGUUACGAGGAGUGGCAUUUGUUAUGGUUGAGGAGGGUUGGAAACUCCUUAAACCAGAGGAAGUUGUCAUUAAUUUGGACAAUGAGUCUGACUUAAAACCCUACUUGUACAAACUUCCCCUUGAGCUUGGUACAUUUCACCAACUGUUCAAACUGUUGGGAACUGAAGAUGUUGUCUCAACUAAACAGUAUGUUGAAGUUUUGUGUCGAAUAUACAGAAAUUCAGAAGGCAAGCAGCUUGACCCUAAUGAAAUGAGAACAGUGAAAAGAACUGUCUCUGGGCUAUUCAAAAGUCUCCAGAAUGAUCCAGUACAGAUCCGUAAAGACCUUGAGAACAUCAGAGAUUUGACAUUUUACCUUCCGAGUCAUGAUGGACGAUUGGCCAAAUCAAACUCUUUAGUCUUCGAUGAUGCACCACACUACAAGAGCCGAAUUCAGGGUAAUGUUGGUGUUCAGAUGCUUGUCGACAUGAGCCAGUGUUACCUAGGCAAAGACCACGCCUUCCACACAAAGCUGAUCAUGUUGCUCCCACAGAAACUGAGGCCCAGGCUUCUAAGUAGUAUCUUGGAGGAACAACUAGAUGAAGAGUCUCCAAAAAUGUGUCAAUUCGGUGCACACUGCUCACUUCAGGGACGACUCCAACUGCUUCUGUCUUCAGAGCAGUUUAUCACUGGAUUAAUUCGGAUCAUGAAACAUGAGAACGAGAAUGCAUACAUGGUGAAUGAGGAAAAAGCAAUACGGUUAUGCAAAGCUCUGUGUGAGGGCUUAAAGGUGUCUUGCUUUGAGAAACUACAAACAACAUUGCGAGUAAAAGGCUGCACCCCAAUUCCCUACAGCCGUAGUGAGACCCUUGCCUUUCUUAAAAGGUAUGGAACAGCAGUUAUUCACCUCUACAUUCAGCAUUCUGACAGUAAAGAUAUCAAUUUCCUUCUUGCUUUGGCAAUGACCCUCAAGUCAGCUACAGAUAACCUGAUUUCUGACACCUCCUAUCUGAUUGCUAUGUUGGGUUGUAAUGACAUCUACAGAAUAACAGAGAAACUUGACAAUCUUGGUGUCAAGUAUGACACUAUGGAGCCAUCAAAACUGGAGCUUCCACUUCCUGGUACUCCUAUACCUGCAGAGAUACAUCAUUUACUGCUCAUGGAUCCCAUGAAUGUGUUUUACCCUGGCGAGUAUGUGGGUUACCUGGUAGAUUCAGAAGGAGGUGAUAUUUUAGGCACUUAUCAACCAACCUAUACAUACGCUAUCAUCGUUCAAGAAGUAGAACGAGAGGAUGAGGACAGUCCAAGUGUCCUUGGCAAAUGCUUUCAGAUUGACAUUGGUUAUAGCGAGUACAAAAUUGUAAGCUCUCUUGAUUUGUACAAGUUUUCAAGACAGGAUGAUAGCACCCAUAUUCGAAAUGGCACACCAACUCCAACAAGCCCUUCAGAGGGUCAGUCCCCUCGUGCCAGAAUGGUACCUCCCAUAUUUCCUGGAAAGGAAAAUCAAAUAACUCCUCCAACUGAGUCAUCCCCCAAAAAGAUAAAACUCAAUGCAUUACCCGAAAUUCUAAAAGAAGUGACCUCAGUUAUAGAACAAGCCUGGAAACUUCCCGAAACUGAACGCAAGAAGAUUAUCCGGCGGUUGUACUUGAAGUGGCAUCCUGAUAAAAAUGCUGAGAAUCUUGAUAUUGCCACAGAAGUCUUCAAACACUUGCAAAAGGAGAUCAGCAGGAUUGAGAAGCAAACCCAGGCAGAGCAGACCAAUGAUAGAGGAACAAGGAGACCUUUCUCUGCAUCUUCCACUCGAUUCCAGUCAGAGAAAUUCUCAUUUCAGCGAUUCUACACAUCAUGGAACCAAGAAGCAACAAGCCAUAAAUCCGAAAAGCAGCAAUUCCGAGAGCAGUUUACUUGCUAUGCAGGCACGUCUCACUCAAAUCGUUUUUUCGUUCCACCAUCUUUCAGGUCUGUUGGGAACCCCGUGGAGGCUCGUCGGUGGCUAAGACAAGCAAGAGCCAACUUUUCUGCUGCAAGAAAUGACCUUCACAAAAACGCCAAUGAAUGGGUAUGUUUUAAAUGUUACCUGGCAACAAAGCUUGCAUUAAUUGCUGCAGAUUAUGCAGUCAGGGGGAAGUCAGACAAAGAUGUGAAGCCCACAGCACUUGCACAAAAGGUAGAGGAGUACAGUACCCAGCUAACAGGGCUGGCCAAGGAUGUACACAUUCUGGACGGUUAUGGUGUGGACAGCCUGAGAACUCGCUACCCUGACCUUUUGCCCUUCCCUCAGAUUCCCAAUGACAGGUACACUUCUGAAGUAGCAAUGAGAGUAAUGGAGUGUACUGCUCGGAUAAUCAUCAAACUUGAGACAUUUGUUCAGCACAAAAUCUGAAUGUUAACCCUCUUAAAAGGAUAGUUAGUUAAAAAAUGAAGUUUCUGUCAUCAUGUUUUCACAUGUUGUUCCAAACCCGUAUGACUUUACUUUCUUUUUAGAAACGUUGAUGCUGAUCUUUACCAUACAAUGAAUGUGAAUGGUAACUGAGGUCCCUAACAUUCUUACUUAAAUCUCCUUUUGUUUUCCAUGGAAGGACAAAAGCCAUAUGGGUUUGGAACAAAAUAAAGGGGAGUAAAUAAUAACUGAAUUUUCUGUUUUGGGUUAACUAUUCCUUUAACUGUCAUCAUUAGAUCAUGCUAAACACAAAAAUGGACAAAUCAAUGGUGGUGGUUGUACAAUAUAGCUAACUAUUAUAAUAGACUUUUCUUAGGUAAAAUGAUGUAUCUAGCUGGCAUUUUAUUUGGACAGUGCCACCUCUGAUGCUGUGACCCAUGCUUAUUAUGUACAUAUUUGCGGCAUUUCUCUGAAAUAAUACCUGAGCCUAAAAAUUGUACACUACUUAUCACUAACAUACAACAGAGUAUUGUGCAUAAUGUGCAAAAGCAUAGCAAUAUCUUUAUUGUUUUAAGUACGUUUAUUAAUUAUUGUUGUUCCUUUGUACAUAAAGAAUACCAAAUGCUGCUUUUUUAUCUUUUCUAGAAAAGUAUUUUUCCUGCCAUAGUCAAUAAGUUCAGUGUAUUGUGUUUUAUUAGCAUGAGUUUGCACUGCACUUUUGUGUAAAUAGCACUUGAGUGAUUGCAGAAAACUGAAUGAAUGAAAGCCGUAAAGUUAUAAUGUGCAAUUCAACAGUCACAGAUUAAUCAUCCCAUAAUUCCUCUAUGGGAUCUACGCAAAUCGGUCAUGCCGCCCAAAAGUAAAAAAAAAAUAAAAACACUGUUUAUGCAUUCAAAACAUGUUUUUAGCUGGUAAACCCAGCUAAAUCCAAUGAUCCUCUCAUUUAUUUUGGGACAUUGCCCAUAUCUGCACGUAAUCUAGACAUUAAACAAUGAAAAAUUAUAUAUUUCAAAUGUCCUAAAGACUAUGAAUUACAUCCUAAAAUUUAAUGUUACAGUGAGUUUGUGUUUACCAAAAUGGAAAUAAUCCCAUCAUUUCUGAAUAACUUUUGUCUCAACUGAACAUUGCAUUACUGGUUGUUGUCUAGAAGUACAACUGAGCACCACAGGAUUUUUUUUUUAUAUCAGCUAUUGCUAAAUAAACAAUAAAAACAUACCAUUUAAAGAGUAUAUUAGAUUUCACUCUGAAUUAGUUUUUUUUUUUUUUUACUUGAACUGUCAUUUAACUGCUAUGGCUCUGCAUCAUGCACAUCAUGCUUAGUUUCUUAGAAACAUUGAUCAAAUAUGUAUUUUCUAUUAUUUACAACGGAACCCAAUUUUCUUCUCAUGCUAAGAAUGUUUUGCAUGAAGUUCUCUAAAAUUUGUGUAAGACGAACAUAGAUAAUCAUAUGGUGCUCAAUGUCAAUAAUGUUUUUCAUCUAUUGUCUUUAACUGUGAGAGACUGAAAUUAAACCCUGGCUACUGUAAUGUUUUGACAAACUAAUUUUGUCUUUUGUCUUAAUCUCAUACAUUUCAUGUCAUAUUACUGCUCUCCAAACUCAACCAGUAGGAUCAUUGUUUUGGGCCUGUUAGAAAGAUUUUCAUUUAAAGGUACACAGGUUUAUUUAUUUAUUGAUUGUUAAUUGCGAUGUGUAAAUAUUUUUAAAAUUAUGUACACUCACAUGAGAUUACUCUAAUCUUAUAAAUCUUAGAGAAAAAGCUGUUUUAUUUUUCAUAGAAUGCUGUUCACACAUUAAUGAGCGCCACCAUUUUGAGAUCAUGUGACCAGCUUUAUCUCAAUCAUCCCUUGUAAUUGAACGCUUUCAAUCGUGGAAUAAACUAUUCAUGGUUGACUGUGAAGAGCACAUUUUUACAAUGACAUUGGUAACUUAAACAUUUUUAUUAUUUUUAUUUUUUGUGCAAUGAUAAAUUUACUACAGGUGUGAGUGAAUAUAAACUGAAUUUUUACUGAAAAUACA